AUGGUGAAGCAGACCAUACAGAUUUUCGCGAGGGUGAAGCCCACUGUCCGGAAGCAGCAACAAGGGAUUUAUUCCAUAGAUGAAGAUGAAAAAUUAACCCCUAGCCUGGAAAUUAUCUUACCUCAUGAUUUGGCAGCUGGAUUUGUGAAUAAUAAGCGAGAAAGCUACAAAUUUAAAUUUCAAAAGAUUUUUGAUCAGGGUGCAAGCCAAGAGACCAUUUUUGAAAACAUUGCCAAACCAGUUGCCGAGAGUGUCUUGGCAGGUUACAAUGGUACCAUCCUUGCUUAUGGGCAAACAGGCAGUGGGAAGACAUUCACCAUCACUGGUGGGGCAGAACGCUACAGUGACCGAGGCAUUAUCCCAAGGACACUGUCAUACAUUUUUGAACAAUUACAAAAGGACAGCAGCACAAUACAUACAACGCACAUUUCCUAUUUGGAAAUCUACAAUGAAUGUGGUUAUGAUCUACUGGAUCCAAGACACGAAGCCUCCAGUCUGGAAGAUUUGCCGAAAGUGACAAUAUUCGAGGACCCUGAUCAGAUCAUUCACCUGAAAAACCUGUCUCUCCAUCAGGCAGCCACAGAGGAAGAAGCUCUAAAUCUGCUCUUCUUAGGAGACACCAACAGAAUGAUUGCUGAGACUCCAAUGAACCAGGCUUCAACUCGUUCCCACUGCAUUUUCACUAUUCAUUUAUCAAGCAAGGAACCAGGAUCUGCAACUGUCCGGCAUGCUAAACUUCAUUUGGUUGACCUGGCUGGUUCAGAGCGAGUUGCGAAGACUGGAGUAGGGGGCCAACUUCUAACAGAGGCCAAGUAUAUCAACUUGUCCCUACAUUACUUAGAACAGGUGAUCAUUGCUCUUUCUGAAAAACACCGUGCACACAUUCCCUACAGGAACUCCAUGAUGACCAGUGUCCUAAGAGACAGUUUGGGAGGGAACUGCAUGACGACCAUGAUCGCAACACUCUCUUUAGAGAAAAGGAAUAUCGACGAGUCGAUAUCUACCUGCAGAUUUGCACAACGAGUGGCGCUCAUAAAGAAUGAAGCUGUUCUUAAUGAAGAAAUCGAUCCUAAAUUGAUGAUUAUACGCCUGCAAAAAGAAAUCCAGGAACUGAAGGAUGAACUGGCCCUUGUCACUGGGGAGCAGAGGACAGAGGUGCUCACAGACGUAGAGCUGCUUCAGCUGGAAAAACUAAUAACAUCCUUUUUGGAAGACCAAGAUCCAGAAAGUAGACUAGAGGUUGGCACUGAUAUGCGUAAAAUUCAUCACUGUUUCCAUCAUUUAAAGAAACUAUUGAAUGACAAGAAGAUUCAUGGAAAAAGCACAGUCUCCUCUGAAAUCAAAGAUCAAGACUGCCAAGAACCAUUAAAAGAGGAGGAAUACCAAAAGCUCCGAGACAUUCUACAGCAGAGGGAUAAUGAAAUCAAUAUUCUGGUCAAUAUGCUAAAGAAGGAAAAAAAGAAAGCUCAAGAUGCUCUCCACUUAUCCAGCAUGGAUAGAAGUGAAUGUAGACACUCACAGAGCUCGCCCUUCCCACCUGGGAACCCUGAAGGUCUGAGGAUGUUGCCAUCCUCAGCAACCACACAAGUCCAGGAUGUCAGCACUUUUGGGUACCAAUCCAGUUUGCUCCACAGAAAAACAGGGAUGAGAGAAGAAAUGUCAUUAGGACGACAAGAGGCUUUUGAAAUCUUCAAGAGGGACUACGCUGACAGCGUCACCAUCGAAGACAACAAACAGAUUUUGAAGCAGAGAUUUUCUGAAGCGAAGGCCCUGGGAGAAAGUAUAAAUGAAACAAGAAGUAAAAUUGGUCGCCUGAAGGAAGAAAUCACCCAGCGGCAUAUGCAGCAGGUAGCUCUAGGCAUCUCAGAAAACACAGCCAUGCCUUCGAUGCCAGACUUGCUGGAAGAGAAGCUUCGAUCCCAACUGGAGGAAGAAAAGAGAAGGUAUAAGAUAAUGUUCACCCGCCUGAAGGCCCUGAAGGUGGAGAUCGAGCACUUGCAGCUGCUCAUGGACAAGGCCAAGGUGAAGCUGCAGAAAGAGUUUGAAGCCUGGUGGACAGAGGAAGCCGCCAGCCUGCAGGUAAACUCGCCAGCAAUGAAUUCACUCACUCACAUGAAGCCCUUUCCCCAGACGCCUGAGUCCCAGCAGGAGAGGCCUCAGCUUGUCUCUAACAAAAGUGAAGUGAACGCCAGGAAAAUCUUGCCCUCAUCUUACCCCACCCCACAGAGCCGGGAGCACGACAGCACCAGAGCCCCCCUGGAAGGCAGCAUCCCUGAGAGGCCAGCAUCAUCUGUCCCUCUCACCGGGGACAGCCAGACGGACUCGGACAUACUGGCAUUCAUUAAGGCCAGACAGAGCAUUCUGCAGAAGAAAUAUCUUCGGCUCCUUGUGUUCUCUGUCCCCAAAGCCAGCUCACCUCUGUUCAGCCUUUUCCAUACAGGAAGGGGCUGA